AUGGAGUAUGUGAGGAUAACGGGUAUUGGAAAUCCGAGAAGACGUCCACUUGAUUACGUUUUGAAAGAAUUUGGUGAAGAUGUUCUGAAGGUUCCUGAAACCAUAAAGGAAUGGUUCUCUUGGCCAGCACCUGCUGGGACUAAGGGGUCAUCUGUUGCGAUUAGAGCUAAGAUAACUUAUCCGUUUUGGAAAUUUUUCAUAAACGAGGGAAGAAAGAAUCUCAGCGAAUAUAAUAAAGUGAACGAGAAGAAUAUCAUACAUACUAAGCCAGCUAUAAUAGCCAUAUGUUUGGAUAUAGAUUUGUCAGAGUGGAAUGGUCUCCCUCUAGAUGCUCUAUUAACGGAUGAGGAGAGAAAAUUGAUUGAAAGUGGAGUUUACAAAAGGGGUACAUUUAUCCUAGAAAGACUAGAGAAUUUCAAUGUAAAAAAUGUGAGUGAUGAAGGUGUCAUGAAAAACGUAGAGUAA